UUGACCGCCUGGGGUCUGCGCGAGCCUCCGCCGCCCGUGGAGAACGCUCCCAGCGAGCCCCCGCGCCACCAUGUAAACGGUGCUCGCAAGCAGACGCUGGCUUCUCGGCCCGGGACCCCGCCGCCCCGCCCCAGGUCCCGGGGCCCUAGAUGAGGUUGAUUGACUCAUGGAGACCCAUGUGUUCCAGCCUACAACUAAUUGCUCCAGAGGGUUUCCAAGGCUGCUACUUUUCAGAAGCAGAUGGCCAGGCCUAUUUCCCCAGGACACACCAUGCUGACCGGGGUGACCGACGGGAUCUUCUGCUGCCUGCUGGGGGCACCCCCCAACACGGUGGGUCCCCUGGAAAGUGUGGAGUCCAGUGAUGGCUACACCUUUGUAGAGGUCAAACCCGGCCGUGUCCUGCGGGUGAAACACGCGGGGCCCGCCACAGCCCCAACCCCGCCGCCGCCACCCCCUUCUGACGAUGCCCAGGGUGACCGCUCCGGCUUUGUCCGCUGCCAGCGCCGAAUCACAGUCUACCGCAACGGGCGGUUGUUGGUGGAGAACCUGGGCCGGGAGCCACGAGCGGAUCUGCACUGGCAGAACGGCUGUGGAGAGCAGCCGGCUGCCCUGGAGAUGGAGCUGGCUGAGCCAGCGAGCAGUGAGGCCCUCUCUGGCAGCGCGGGCAGCAGCGGGCGGCGGCGGCGUGCCCGGCGCCCCAAGCGGACCAUCCACAUUGACUGCGAGAAGCGCAUCACCAGCUGCAAGGGUGCCCAGGGCGACGUGGUGCUCUUUUUCAUCCACGGGGUUGGUGGCUCCCUGGCCAUCUGGAAGGAGCAGCUGGACUUCUUUGUUCGUCUGGGCUACGAGGUGGUGGCCCCUGACCUGGCAGGCCAUGGGGCCAGCUCGGCGCCCCAGGUGGCCGCGGCCUAUACCUUCUACGCGCUGGCGGAGGACAUGCGGGCCAUCUUCAAGCGCUAUGCCAAGAAGCGCAACGUGCUCAUCGGGCACUCCUACGGCGUCUCCUUCUGCACGUUCCUGGCCCACGAGUACCCAGACCUGGUGCACAAAGUGAUCAUGAUCAACGGCGGGGGCCCCACGGCGCUGGAACCCAGCUUCUGCUCCAUCUUCAAUAUGCCCACAUGUGUCCUGCACUGCCUAUCCCCUUGCCUGGCCUGGAGCUUCCUCAAGGCUGGCUUUGCCCGCCAAGGGGCCAAGGAGAAACAGCUGCUGAAAGAAGGCAACGCGUUUAACGUGUCGUCCUUCGUGCUGCGCGCCAUGAUGAGCGGCCAGUACUGGCCCGAGGGCGACGAGGUGUACCACGCCGAGCUCACCGUGCCGGUCUUGCUGGUGCACGGCAUGCACGACAAGUUUGUGCCCGUGGAAGAAGACCAGCGGAUGGCAGAGAUCCUGCUGCUGGCCUUCCUGAAGCUCAUUGAGGAGGGCAGCCACAUGGUGAUGCUGGAGUGCCCCGAGACCGUGAACACGCUGCUGCACGAGUUCUUGCUGUGGGAGCCCGAGCCCACGCCGCAGGCUCUGCCCGCGCCCCCCGAGGAGAAAAAGUAGCCGCUGGGCGGCGGGCAUCACUUGGUGAGCUGAGGAGCUGUGGCCAGAGCCGAUUCUGCCGGGCACCCGCCUGGGCGGCCGCUCGCUCCGCCCCCUCGCUGGGCGGGGCCAGGCCAGGGAGACGCCCCCUAGGACGGGGGUGGGGCACUGGGAGUCAGGUGGACAUCCCGGUCUGCUUGCGUCCCGCGGACCCAUACUGUAUGGGGGCCGCUGCCGGGACCCGCGGAGGUGACCUUGUACAGAAGUCCCCCAGUCCCUACACCAUGAGUCAGGCAGGCCCCCACCCCUGCUCUCUGUCUUCGUGCCAGCCUGCUUGCUCCUCAGCCCCGGAGGGAACCCUUGGGGCACCCCCUUCCCCUAGAUACUCCCCUCCCUCUCCUCCAGGUCCCUCUUCCCGCAGCGCUGGGAGGUAUUGUCGCCUAAAGUGGUCCUGUCGCCAUAGAACCUGCACAUCUCAACUUAUAAUUCAAUAAAAGUAAAUGACAAUCGUA